GGUUUGGUGUGGACUUGUUGGGCUGAAGGGCCUGUUUCCACACUGUAGGGAUUCAAUUAUGAAAUCUAAUUUCUAAUGCAGCCAAAUUAGAAAAGUUCAUAUUUUUCUACUUUGUACACCAUUUGCCAAAUUUCUGUCUACACACUUAGUGUUCCCCCUAACUAUGCUGCUGUACAUUUGUGCCAUCCCUACAUAACAGUAGCUUCAGAUACUGGCAUCAGAUACCAGAAGAGAGAGCAGGAUCAUUGGUGGAAAUGACUCGAUCGAAGAGGAUACGCAAUCACAACAGCGACAAAAAGAAAAGUGUAUCAAAACAAUGGAAAACGAAAAGGCGAACGAAAGAUUUAGACCAAAUUCAUGAAGAUAUGAAACCUGAAAACGCAGACAAAUUAUUGCACCAGGAAAUCGAUUAUGAUGCCAUAGGAAAUGCACAAUUCUAUUGCUUACACUGCGCGCGAUACUUCAUUGAUCAAAGAAGUCUCAAAGAGCAUUUUAAAACAAAAGUUCACAAACGAAGACUAAAACAAUUAAGUGAAGAGCCAUACACUCAGGAAGAAGCAGAACGAGCAGCUGGAAUGGGAUGCUAUAAAGCAGCAAAGAAAGUCAAAGUUGAGACUCAAGCAGUAGAAGAAGAAAUGAAAAUAUCAUAAUAUGAUUUUUGUUAAAAAUUAACUCCUCUUCAAAAAAAACGCAAAGCUGUUCUAAUAUGGUUCAGAGCUUUAAAUAAUUAUUCAAUCUCAAAGACUCGGUGGCUCUGAUCUUAUUGAUUCAGCUGACCAUCUUAAAUGCUAGCAUCAUGUUUCUUAAGUCAUCUAAAACUGGUAACUUUAUUCAUUUGAUAGGAUUUGUUGUAACCUUCCAAAUAGGCCAUCUAGAGAAAUAAAGAAAUUCCAAAGAGAA